AUGAAUGGCCAGUGCAGGAAACGUCGACGCCGUCUACAGAAGAAGAGCUACGCCCGCCCCUGCUAUGCACAUAAGGCUACGAGUAUUCCUGAUCGUCUGGUAGAACUUGAGCGCUUCACUCAGCUUACCCGAGCUACUCCAGCUGUCGCUUACGUUUUACGCUUCAUUGCGAACCUCAAUCAGAAAGACACACGACAGGAGGGAGUCGUUGGCCCGUUAUCUUCGGAAGAAUUGGCACGAGCAGAAUACCUGCUUAUCCGUGAGACACAGUGGCAAUCUAUUCCGGACGAGAUCCUUGAUCUACAAAAGUGCACCGGAGAUUCCCCGUAUGGCGCUUCUGCCACUAGCAAGACUGGCGUCAUUAAGAUCGGAAGAAGCAACGCAAAACACUGGAUAGCCGUGUUUACAUGUUUGAUCAUACGGACGGUACACGUCGAAGUGGCCCACAAUCUAACCACGGAUUCGUGCAUCAAAUGCAUUCGGCGGUUCAUUUGUCGCAGAGGAGCACCAGCCGAGAUAUAUUCGGACAACGGAACCAACUUUCUAGGCGCCGCUAAGCUUCUUCAGGAUCAAGUUGAGCAGUUGGCCGUAACAUUCACGGGCACCACUACCAAGUGGGUAUUCAAUCCGCCCGGAACUCCGCAUAUGGGUGGAGCAUGGGAGCGGAUGGUCCGCUCCGACAAAACAGCAGUUGGAACGGCAUACAACAACAACCGCAAGCUGGAAGACGAGGCGUUGGAAUCGUUUAUGGUGGGAGCCGAAGCUAUCGUGAACAGACGACCUCUCACAUAUCUGCCGCUCACGUCGGAGGAAAGUGAAGCUCUCACUCCAAAUCAUUUUUUGUUGGGCAAUUCGAGCGGCGUCAAACAACACGCUGUCGAAGCAACGGGUCCAGCGGAAGCUCUCCGCUCAUCCUGGCACCAAGUUCAACAUCAGCUCGACAUGUUUGGAGGAGGUGGCUUAAAUAGUAUUCGCUAA